UCGUAUGGGAGAUAACUCUGGCGGAAGUAGAAUUAACGAAAACAAAAUCCCAUCGGUUUUUGAAACGAGAGGCAUUUUUCCAAAAAUACUUAAGCACCGUGAUGGAGACGAUGGCAAAUAGUCUUAAAAAUUCCCCCAAAGGACAAUUAAUAUAUAAAAGAACUACAGAUGUUAAGCGAUUACUGGUUGAUGUACAGAACUGCACAGUUCCUUCACUUGGUGUUAAAAAACAAAAUUCACCACCACCAUCAUCAUUUAAGCAAGAAGAAUAUGAAGAGCAAACACAAAGUAACAAGUCCUUUAGUCACAUCCUUCCCGUGAACGAGGAGAGGGAGAAAAAUGUCAGAAACAAAACCAAUGUUAAAGAAAAACAGUCCUCUCCCAGGACCCCAGAGUAUUUACGGACAAAGCUCGUCAUAGAAGAGUAUAAAGACAUCUGUGAAAACCAAAGUAAGGUACUGAAAAAGAAGAAGACUUCAGAAUUUCACAUGAAUGAUAAAUAUAUAAAUCUGGUAGUGAAUGAAAAUCUUGAGAAUCUCAGGAAGAAAGAAGAAGAUUCUAAAGUUAGUCAAUGGGAAAAGUUAUAUGAUCUAUUCAAACAAAGUGAUGAAGAAAUUUUCAAGAAUCAAAAGCAGAGAUCAGAACAACAUAUACGUCACUAUGAGAAUAUCAUUCAAAAGCUACAGGAAAUCAAAAGAAAGCAACAAGAAGAAGCUGCUCAAAAAGACAGAGAACAAAAGUUGGAACAGUUGAGAGAGGAGAUACAAAAGUCACAAUCACAGAGCGAACUAUUUUCAUCAAUGUUAAAGGAAUGUCAGUACAAGAAACAUUUGGCUAACAUUGACAAAUAUGAGGCUGCUGUGACCAGCUUGAUCACAAUGGCUAAUGAUCUCCUUACACAUGCAGAAAGCUUAGGAAAUGUUACUGCAGACGAUUUUGCUAAGGGAGCCAGCAUAUUUGAAGAGCUACAAAACAUUAACAAAAUUGUAAAACAGAAUGUUGAUGCAGCAAACCAAAAAGGAAAAGAUGAGGAAAAACCAUUAACUGAUCAAAAACCGGUGGAUCCCACAAAACCGCCACCAAAACCACAAGAGCCAGAAGAUAAUACCAAGGCCAAAGGUCUGAUAUUCUAUAGCAAACUUCUCUCUCUCUCCCUCUCCCUCUCCCUCUCUCUCUCUCUCGUUUUGAAUUGUCUUUUGUCUUAUAUAAAAAAAAAUCAUUAGUAUUAUUUUGCUCCA